AUGGUGCUUGGAAUCUUGAUUGCAGCAAUCGUUGCCCCAGGUCUACUCGGCAGUCAGGAAGCCAUUCGCCAAGGACAGUCGAAAGACAAAAGAGAAGAACAACGUGCUCGCCGAUGUAACCUCAUUGCAACCUGCGUCAAAUCUUCACCGAGAAGCCGAGAGAUUGAUGGACGUCCGGUUGUGCUUCGCAACGGAAAACUCUGGGUCGACACCACCACCGAGGAUGGUGAAUCACUCGGCCACAUGUAUGCUGGCUACUAUCUGCCGUACCCGGACACGAAGUACGAGGGUCUAGUCACCACUAUCACAGAUGUUGCGCCCAUCAUGAACUGGGUAUAUAUUGACAGGGAAACACACGAAGCGAAGUAUGGUGUGCGGGCUGAUGCUCAACCCAAUCUCACUGGACCGUUCGACUGCACACGUCAAGAUCGCCGUCUGACCUUCGAUGGCUGGGAAGGAUGGUGCGCUGUGGAGGAAUACGAGGGAUACUGGUGCCUAUACUUCGAUGUCGACGAUGAUGGGUUGAAGUCGAAAGUCGCGCCGGGUACAAGAGUAUUGGAGAUUGAGUUGAGUAGGACGGAAAAGAGGUUUAAGAAAGAGAAAGAGGCGCGGCAACAGGACCAGACGACCAAGAGAGCGGUGGAUAAUAAAGAAGAUGCGCCCAUUGAUCAGCAGUUGCAGCCCGAG